AUGUGUAUAAGAUUGCCAUGGCAGAGGUGUUGUGUUCCUCGAAGCAUCUCUGACAGUAUACAUCCUCACGUGCCUUGUCUACAUGAUUUUGCAUCAUAUCCAUUUGUGAACCCUAAUAACGUUCGCAUUAAUCCCCACUUGGCUAAUGCUAGACCUCAACUUCAGAAAUCUGAAAUGGGUCUAUCAAAGUUCGAACACAUCAUCCAUGUGGUGGAUUUGGUGAAUAGAUUUGACUCAGAGCUAUAG